AUGAGUGACAGGAAGGCCGUGAUCAAGAAUGCGGACAUGCCUGAGGAAAUGCAGCAGGACGCCGUUGAUGUUGCAAAUCAGGCACUGGAAAAAUACAACAUAGAGAAGGAUAUUGCCGCGUUCAUCAAGAAGGAGUUUGACAAAAAAUACAAUCCAACUUGGCACUGCAUUGUCGGCCGGAAUUUCGGCAGCUACGUGACGCACGAGACGCGACACUUCAUCUACUUCUACUUGGGGCAAGUCGCCAUCCUGCUCUUCAAGUCCGGCUAAAUUGCCCGACUUUUCUCUUUUCUCGCUCCUCACACAAUUUUCUCAAUUUUCAUCCUCUUCCAACGCACGGAUUGCUUGAAUCUCACCUCAUCGAUCUUGGCGUGAUCGUCGCAUUCCGCAGAAGAAAGAAAAUGCUAGGCUUUAAUAAUAAUGGCCAGGGUGUUGAGGCCCCCCGUGUUUUGUUUUUUCAUCAUCGCCGAGAGGGCGUUAACUGAUAGUAUUUCUCGCAUGACCUAUAAGUCAGGUGUGGAACGACUUAAUACUGUAUUUUCAAGAGAUGCUUCUUUUCGAGACUCAUAGCUAAGAUGUUGUUUUAGGAGUUUUGCGCUUGUUCGUUGAGGGCCGCUAUCAUAAUUCGUUGGAACCGCGCGGUGCAAUUGUCAUUCUUUGUUAGCUCCUGUGCCGUAAUAAAUUUGAUUCAUGUUGUCAUGAAAA